AUGACUGGAAUCAUUGUGACGGUGAUUUUGUUCUUGGCUGUGGCCACAAUAUCUUCCGACCUUCAGGUUGGACGAGCAGGUUUGCGGAGAUCGGGGGCCCUGAUGCUUCUACGCAAAUCGCUCGCUUCUGACGACAUUUCGGGUUUUGAGGCUAAGGCCGCGAGAGAAGUUCAGCUGGACCCGAGACCUGGCCAGCCCCCGCAGCCCUUAGCUCCUGUCAGAGCUCCAAGCCACGAUCACGUCUGCGUUCACAAUCAAACUUACUUUGGCUGCGCCACAUGUUCAUUAUCCGUCAUCUGCGUCGACAAUAUGGCCUUCGUGGACAGAUGUUCCGUUCCAGAAGAAUCGUGUUACCCGGACCCUGCGUUUGGAGGAGGGGUUUGUAAACCUGGUCUUCAGACCAACUGCUCGUGCACCCAGGGAGUGACUGAGAAAAAACCUGAUCCUUUCGACCCUGGCUCGUACUUUCAGUGCGAUGGUUCUCAUUAUCCUAAAUUAGAUGCCUGUGAACCAUCUAAAGAGUUCCUCCCAACACAGAAAAUUUGUGCGCAAGUCCAUCCUGUUCCCCGGUGUUCUGGUUUAGGUACGUUUGCUAACCGCAACGAUUGUCGGUGGUACUACACUUGUUUGUUCCCCUCAACAGGAGGUGACAGCUCCCCUUACCGACAAGUGUUGAGUCGCUGCGCACCAGAGGGAACUCUGUACAGCAACACAAAUAUGACAUGUCAACCUCUUGAUAAGUUCCCUGCGAACCAUGAAUGCAUUUCACUUCUUACAACCACAGCACCUACAACCUCUACUACAACACCUACAACAACACCUGCAACACCUCCUACAACACCCACUACAGCACCUACCUCUGCUUCUACUGCGACUACAGCUACGACAACAUUGGCUCCCAUCACACCCACAACUGCAGUCCCUCGAUACAAUUGCCCAAUUUUUGUAAUAUUUUUCAUCUUCUGGUGGCCAGAUGCUGUAACUUACAUGUGCUCGCCUAUUUAA